CUGUGAGGCAAAGUCAACGGGGAUAAGCCACAUAUUGAUGACUGGGAGUAAUGGCGUUAACGGAGUUAACUGAUUUUGUUAUAAGUCCUAACACCAAGUAUAAGUAUACAUGACGAUUUCCAUGACAGGGAUCGUAAUGUAUACAAUAUAAAUAAAUGCAUUUGACUAAAGCUUUGAGUUGUAGAAUUCAGAGACCUAAAAAUAAACAAGAUCUAGGAACGGAAUUGUCAACGCGAUGUCGUCUAAGAAUAUAGCUCUUGUUACCGGUGCCAACAAGGGCAUCGGAUACGAGACCGUAAAGGCCCUACUAGCAUCCGACAAGCCCUACCACGUUUUUAUGGGCAGUCGUUCUCUAGAAAGGGGCCAAGAAGCCGCCGCGACGCUCCGAAAGGAGUGCGCUGACUCCUCAAACACUGUUGAGGUCAUCGAAGUCGACAUCAGCAGCGACUCAUCCAUUGCGAAAGCCUUCGAGACCGUCAAGGCCAGCGUCGGGCGCAUCGACACCCUCAUUAACAACGCUGGUAUCACAAAGGACCUCGAUCACAUCCGCGGUAAGGUCUCGCUACGCGAGAGCUUAACUGGCUCCUACGACGUCAACGUGGCAGGGACGCAUGUGAUGACGUUUACGUUCAUGCCGUUACUUUUGCUGUCCACUGACCCGCGGCUCAUCUUCAUCACCGGCCUCGGGACCUUCGAUCAGUGCGCACAGGGGAACUUUCCCUUGCCGCCUCUAGAGCGCGGCUGGCCGAAGAAGAUGGACUUCGAGACCGUCGGAUACCGUUGCACCAAGACCGCACUUAAUAUGUUGAUGCUAGAUUAUCACUACAAGCUACAGAAGGAUGGCGUCAAGGUCUGGUGCGUCGGGCCUGGGUUUUUGGCGACGGAUCUUGGCGAUGCGAGGGAGAUGGUCGCCGUACAGGGGGCAGGCCAUCCGAGCAUUGGGGGACGAAUGGUGAGGAGCGUGGUGGAGGGAGAGAGGGAUGCAGAUACGGGGAAGUAUGUUGUAAAGGACAGGAUUCAGGCAUUUUAAAGAGACGGGUG